AUGAGGGGAGGCGGCCCCGAAGUGAAGAUUAAUGUCAUGAAGAUGCUGGCAAUGGAUCAAAGCUUGCAUGGAGUGAAUAGCUGGAGCCUUAGUAAAAUGUUUGAAGAUGGAGAAAUCAAAGAUCCAGAGGAAUAUUCGCUGUCUAAAGUCAAAAUUGCGGAUGCGAUUGAGGCUUAUCAAGAAGUUGCGAAAGUGGAUGGCAGGAAGUUCGUGAUUUAUUCUACAACUGCCAUGGGGACACCAUGGCCUCAAGUGCACGUUGCAGCAUGGCUCAACAACUGUGAAAGCACAUGGGGUGAAACUAGAGGAGGUUCUUGGGAUUUUGACCAAAUACGGCGUCAAACCUCCUUCAUUGAAAGUUUGAAACUUGGCAAGCAAGCAUUCCCGGCGCUUAAAUUGAGAACCACUGCUCAAUUCAAUCGACCCAAAGAUCUAACCGUCGGUCUCGUUUACGACAGAGCACUUUCUUUCAGGGGUACUUUUUGCGAAACUGACGAUCAUGAUCCCCACAUCAAAUUUAACUCACUAGGGCAUGGAACGGUUGAGUUUAGUAUCCAUUCUGACAAUAUUUCGUUUCUCUAUGAAGGUGUGGGUCCAAAUUUGAUCCAAGCUUCAUUUCGAAAGUCCUCGAGAAGCGCUCGAAGUGAUCAACUCGAGUUGGAGGUUCUAAACCAACCUUUUGAAUAUUAUGGCCCGCAGCAGGGCAAAUUGAUACCAGGUGUAGGGUGUGUUAGAAAUCAAGCGAACGAGGAUGGCUAUCAGGAAAAUACAAAGUUCAUAGGAAUACCGGUUUUCCCUGCGGAACUUCCGUUCGAUAAUUACACACCUUCACCAAUCGCACUAUCACACAGAACAUCGUCCAAUCUGUCAGCCCAACACUUCAGUCAUUGCUCCGAGGCUCCGUCAUCACCAACAUUUCACACUGCAUCUUUGAUCAAACAGCCAAUUUCGACGGAAAAGCAGACAGUGGAGAGUAUGGAGGAGACGGAGAAGAGAGGAAGAACAUGGAAAUGGUACAUUGUGGCGGGUGUCAUUGCGAUGGCUGUAAUCAUCGCGGGGGUUGUUGGAGGAAUUGUUGCAUCUAAAAAGAACAAGGCGACUAUUAUGGACAAGGUAUCUGGCGGGGUAACAUCCUCUAAUAGCUCAUCACCAACGAGUUCAGUGUCCAGUAAUUCACCCACCUCCACGAAUACCGCCUCGUUGUUGGGCUCAACCAUUGCUCCGUUCCAGAGAAAUAUUGCGGCAGUUUCCUACGCGUCCAAGAAUGUCAACAACUCUAGAAUUUAUUAUCAAGACAACCAAGGAAACAUACUGGAGUCACAUAACAGUGCGUCAACUCAAACAUGGACCACGAGCCAGAUUGUUACCGCUAAAAAUGGUUCAUCGUUUGCUGCAGCAGUGACGAUGCCCGAAAAUACCUUCGAAAUCACUGUACUAUACUCAGAUUCAGACAAUCUUCUUCAUGACAUCAUUUAUAAUGUUACUUCAGAUUCGUGGGAUGAAGGAACCCUGUCCUCGGAGAAUUUCAUAAUCUCCGAAAAUUCGAGGGUUUCAGUCAUGUACUGGCAGUGUCUCCUAUGUAGCAACACCACCAUCAUUGCUUUCCAAGAUUUGAAUAACCAGGUACAGGUCGGAAACUUGACUAAUUCAGGCUGGACUUUGACACAGAUGAAUGUCGGUGCUAUAGAUAACACUGGCCUUGCGUUGCAACCAUUCUACCGCCUAAACGAAGCACAUCAGAUAAACCUAUACUAUCAACAAACGAAUAGUAACAUGGCUAUCUCAGCCUGGGAAUAUACCACUUCGAAUUGGUCGAUAAAUGCAGCAACGUACUACUCCCUAACUUUCGGCGUUCCCAUCGCAGCAUCAGCAUCCUAUACAAAUGUAAAAUCGACCGGAGACGUAAAAACAGGGUUUGAAACUUGGGGAGAAACACUCACAUUAUCACAUCUGGGUCUCAAAAUAAACACGUAUAUGGGAGCUCAUAAUGAUUGGGAAGUAAUGGGUGUUCAUCCUUCAGCAAUGUCAAACUCGACACAAAAUCCCAAAGUGUUCAAAUCGAUAGCCGCUACAGCCAUUGGAGCUGCCUUCAUAGUGGUGGAAAAUGACGGAAAAGCAGAUGUGAUCGAAUCAUAUCAGGUCGAGGAUGAUGCGGUGAAUUGGAGCUCGGCCGGGACCGUUGACAUUGGCGACCCUCCCCUCAUCGGGUUUUGGCACCAAAUUCUCCUCAUUUGCGCUUCAAUUACUUCUUUCGCCCCAGACUUUCAUCGCUGCUUAUUCAACUUCGACACCACCCGCCCUUUUCGACAUCUUGCAUACACGAUGGAUGUCAGUCACAGCCAAUCGCUCGAGCAUCAUACCUUCGAUGAUGAAUUCUGGCUAGGCCUCGUUGAUUGGGAUGCUGCGAAUGCGCUUGACAUCGGCAUAGAGGCGAUGCACUCAGCACCGGGCGAUAAACAACCGACUUACCCGACACAUUCUUUACUGCAACAUAAGUACCACGGGGUUAUUUAUCCUAUCACAACCUGCGCAACUUGCUCAUCGCCGCUUGACGUAUCAGAACUUUCGUUAUACAUCCAAGACCCAAAUGUCUUCUGUAGUGGAAGUAAAGCUCCCAAUCAUCUCCCAUUAUCCUGUAUCUUAGAGUGUGGAUUGAGAUUCAAAACCAUCAAAAAUCUAAAGGAGCAUUGCAUUGCCACCGGUCAUGAAGCCUUUCAAUACUCUGACCCAGACUGCUUGGGGGGGCGCCACUGUGCCUACCACACCAGGAGGUUUCAUCCCGGCAAUUACAGCGGGUACUCAGAUAAAAUAUUCGCAUGCCACCAAUGCGGAGAUGGAUUUAUGAAUACGGGACAACUCGACCAGCAUGGUCGAAACUCUGGACACUCGGCAUACCUAUGCCAUUAUCCCGAUUGUGUAACCACGACCGGGAGAAUUGAUGACUUGAUUCGGCACCAAUCAUGUCACAAGAGCAAAGUUCCCCGACAUCCUUGUCUCCAUUGUCGCACAUAUCGAGGGAAUAACGGGUUUAAGAGGAAGGACCAUCUUCGGCAGCAUAUCAGAAACUACCACAAGAUUGACAUGGAAUUUCACACCGGUGAUAUACAAUUGUCUCCAUUUCGCUGUCGACAAACAGGUUGUGAUGAUUAUCAUGUAGCACAGAAACAGCAUCUUAGGUCUCUCGAUGAUCUUACCCAGCACAUGCGAAAUGAGCACAACGCCUCCGCAUUCAUCUGUCCAAAACAAUCCUGCGACCGAGUAGGACUUAAUGGUUUUGACACGAAGAAGCUUCUUGACGUUCACAUCAAGAAUGAUCACCCUUCGCCAUUUCAGUGCACUCAUCCAGGAUGUGCUCGAGUCGGAUCCAAAGGCUGGCUUCGACAAAGAGACCAGAUAAAGCAUAUGUCCCAGAAACAUGGGAUCAGUGUCUAA